CUGCGGGAUCCGCAAGCCGGGAGCCGGGAGCCCGCCGCGGGUGAUGCUGCUGCUGCCGCCGCCGUUGCCGCCUGUAUCGAGGCCAGCUUGAGGAGAGCGCGCUGGGUUUAGGCGCGGGAAGGAGGAGUAGCCAGGGUCCCGGGUAGCGGGCAGAGGAGCGCCGGAGUCAUGCAGCGGGCGGCGGGGUUGGUGCUGGGGCUGCGCGCCGGCUGCUGCCAGCGCUCCACGGGCUGGGGCCGGGGCCGGUCCCGAGGCUGGAGCAGCGCGGCUGCCGAGGCCUCGGCGAUGCUGAAGCUGCGGCCGGAGAAGAACGGGCGCGAGAGGAUCCUGACGCCCGAGUCCAUGAAUCCGCGGGUGAAGGCGGUGGAGUAUGCUGUGCGGGGGCCCAUCCUACUCAAAGCUGGCGAGAUCGAGAUGGAGCUGCAGCGGGGCAUCAAAAAGCCUUUCACAGAAGUCAUAAAAGCCAACAUUGGUGAUGCCCAUGCGAUGGGCCAACAGCCAAUUACCUUCCUUCGACAGGUGGUGGCUCUUUGCACAUAUCCAAACCUGUUGGACAGCCCUAGCUUCCCAGAGGAUGCCAAGAACCGAGCAAGGAGGAUCUUAAAGGCCUGUGGGGGGAACAGCCUGGGGUCCUACAGUGCAAGCCAGGGUGUCAACUGCAUCCGAGAAGAUGUGGCUGCCUACAUCGAGAGGAGAGAUGGUGGUGUGCCUGCAGACCCUGACAACAUUUACCUGACAACGGGAGCUAGCGAUGGCAUUUCUACAAUUCUAAAGCUUCUGGUGUCUGGUGGAGGAAAGUCUAGAACUGGAGUGAUGAUCCCCAUACCCCAGUAUCCCCUGUACUCAGCUGUCCUUUCGGAGUUGGCUGCCAUCCAGGUGAACUAUUACCUGGAUGAAGAAAACUGCUGGGCUCUAGAUGUCAAUGAGCUCCGACGGGCCUUGACUGAAGCUAAGGAGUACUGUAACCCCAAAGUCCUCUGCAUCAUCAACCCUGGGAACCCGACAGGUCAGGUCCAGAGCAGAAAGUGCAUUGAAGAAGUGAUUCACUUUGCUUGGGAAGAGAAACUCUUCCUCUUGGCUGAUGAGGUAUACCAGGACAACGUCUAUCCCAAAGACUGCCAAUUUCAUUCCUUCAAGAAGGUUCUCUAUGAGAUGGGGCCAGAGUACUCAAGCAAUGUGGAGCUUGCUUCCUUCCACUCCACCUCCAAAGGCUACAUGGGCGAGUGUGGCUACCGAGGAGGCUACAUGGAAGUGAUCAAUUUACAUCCAGAGAUUAAGGGACAGCUCGUCAAGAUGCUCUCUGUCCGGCUCUGCCCCCCAGUGUCUGGACAGGCAGCCAUGGAUAUUGUUGUGAACCCCCCUGUGCCUGGAGAGGAGUCUUUUGAGCAGUUCAAUAGGGAAAAGGAAUUCGUCCUGAGCAAUCUUGCCCAAAAAGCAAAACUUACAGAAGAUUUAUUUAACCAAGUCCCAGGAAUUCACUGUAAUCCAUUACAAGGAGCCAUGUAUGCCUUUCCCAGGAUCUUCAUCCCAACGAAAGCAAUUGAGACAGCUAAGGCCCAUAACAUGGCUCCAGACAUGUUUUACUGUAUGAAGCUUCUGGAAGAAACUGGAAUCUGUGUGGUACCUGGCAGUGGCUUUGGCCAGAGGGAAGGGACAUACCACUUAAGAAUGACCAUCCUGCCUCCUGUGGAAAAGCUAAAGAUUGUCCUGGAAAAGGUGAAGGAUUUCCACAUGAAGUUUCUUGAGAAGUAUGCGUGAGGCCCAAGGCAGCACUGCCCAAACAACAGAGGACCUGGGGGGGUUGUUUCGAAUUUGCCCGGAUCCAGAGAAGCCGUGGAUCAGGAAGCUUGUCAGAUCAGAACGAUUCUUCCCCAACAACUCUGCUGAGCAUCUUGCCUGGGGGACUUUGUGAUGUUCAUCUUUGGUUUGGCUGUAGGAGACUUCUUGUGCCUUGAUGAUGAGAAUACUUCUCUUCCAUGUUUCUGUUUCCAAUCAAGCUGGGAAUGGGGCACAAUUCAGAAAGCCCCAUAGGCCCUGGUAUCCAGAGAGCUGACACAUGGACUUGAUCAGCAGGCAUGGCCAAGCAGUGCCCUCUGAUUUCAUUUUGAAAAUCCUAUUGAGUUUAUAAAACAAAACAAAACAAAAAGUUAUGUUGUUCUAAGUGGUUUCCAGUCUAGGACAAAAAGCAGGUGCCAGAGAAUGUCUUAACUUCAGUAAGUAUUGGGUAGCUGAGGUCUGAGGCUAUGAUUGAUGUUAUCUAUACAAUAAAACUAUUCAGAAAUAAGACUGAGGAUGUUGAAAGGCCCAGAGAGAGAACCUUUUCCUUAAGUAUAUCAAUGAAGUUUAGAAAGUAAAAAGACCCGACUGCUCCAGGCCUUAAGUGGAUGGGGGUCCCAGGUAGGUUUGUCGAAGUGGGGUGUGCCAGAAGAGGAAGGAGAUGGAGACAUGGAGAUGUGAAUCUCUGAGCUCAGCAAUAAAACCACUUGGGAAAAAUGACAUACAGAUUUUGUUCCCAUGGAGAGCUUCAGGCAACAUUAAGUGUCCUAUUGGACACUGACGGUUCAUUACCCCUGUGCUGUAAGAGGCUUCUCUUGGGGGUUUUGGGGUGUUGGACUGAGGGACUCAGGUUAUACCCACCCUGGCACUCCUGUUGGGAAAGUUCAUGGGUUUAAGGGACUAUCUGCCUGUCACCCUGUGAUUUUUCUGCUCCAAAAGAAUCUCCUUUGCAAAUUGUCUCAGGGGAUGUAAAGACUGGCUUGUCUGCCCUUCCUCUCAGCACAGCUGGAAAUGGGACCCAGAAGAAUAAAGUUAUGGUGAUACGGUUCAGGCUGUGCUUGGUAGGCCCUUCAGCAAUCUCUAUUGGCUAAAGUCUUAAGCAUUAAGGGCCUAGUAACUCUGGCUCCCCCAUCCCCAGUGUCUCCAUCCCCCCCAAAAAAACCAGACCAAUUGAUUGCAAGGUUUUUUUUCCCCUUGUCUGACUUUUAAAUUAAUACGAGGCUAAGUCUAUUCCCUUUAGAAGCUGCUUCACACAAUAUAACCUGCUUUCCCUUAUUUGGGGAAAUUUCCAGAUGGAGCUAAUUAGGGUGGAGGGAGAUUUUGAGGGAAGACACAGAUCUGAUAUCUCUCAGGAAACAGCCGUAGACUGGAUCCAGAGUAAGGGAUCGGUGGGCAAGGAAUCUCCCCUCUUCCCUCCUCUGAUUCCCAGCCCCCUUCUGACAUUUUGGUAUUCAGGUUGGGCAGCCAAGAAAGACUUAAUCAACUGGGGAAAAGACCUUGCAGUAGGUAAUCUCAGUCCCUUGUUCUAUUCUCAUAUAACACCCCUAUCUUUUAUUAAUCCUAACCCUCUUCAGUGUAUAGUUACAGAAACCUGGGAUAGAAGGCUCAGACACUCAUCACUUACUCCCUCAAAAGGAAUUGUCAGGGAGGUGAGCUCUUAAAGUAGUCUUCCUCACUAAAACUUCCUCUCUCUGCUUGCAUGGGCUGGGGGAGUGCAGGACAGAGCAAGGAGAGGAAAACCAAUUGGGAAGUUGUUGCAGGACUUUUAUUCUACCAUUAUUCGCAAGCAUCAGAUUUAUUUUGAAGGCAGUAGCCAAGUUCUUAGACAUCAAAAGGGAAGGGUUGAAGGUUUUUUCCCCCUUAAGAAUUUUUGCACUUAUACAUGCUCUAUAUGAUAGCAAAAUGUCCAAAAGUAGUUGGAGAUGACUGGUUGACUGCUAAGAAAAGGCAACCAGGACUGAAUAAUGCUGUAUUUGAAAGAAAAGGUUUUAACAGUGGAGAAGUUAGUAUAUUUUUUAUAUUUUUUGUAACAAUUGCUUUUUUCAGGGGUGGGGCAGGGAGAAAGGGUUCGUAUUUUAGUGUCAACGAGUCCAAUAGAUUUUUAUAUUUCCCUUCAGACAACAGCCCUAAAAACUUUGCAAAGUUUACAUGAUUUUUAAAGAUGCUAUACAUUUGUUACACCUAAGAAUGAACACACACACACACACACAAUACAGUUUAAAAAAAAAACAAAACAAGCUACUCUAGGGUGGGUAACUUCAGUUAAAGGGACUUAGAGAGUUGAGUUUUCUGGACCUUUUGCUUUGGUUGCCUUUAUUUUUCUGGCUCCAAAGUGGGGUGGGGGGAACCCAGUCAUUCGUUGAUUCCUGUGGAGCUUUUCAUCGAAAAUGUAAGGUUUUUCUACUGUGUCGUUCACCACAUCUGUCUGUAUUGUAGCCAGCGGAACAGACCUCAUGCCUAGAAAAUUCACUCAGUGGUAAGUCCCUGGAGCUGCAAGCCCAAGUUGUUGAGUUCUGUCUCCAUUGUUAACUGGAGUUUUCCACCAACAGCAAAUACAGACUUAAUUCUGCAUGUUUCCAGUUUGGGUUCUCACAGGGAUCUCCUGAUAUGGUCUUUAAUGAUGUUAGUUAUUAUACUGAAAGUGAUAAACAAUAAAACACGUACAAAAUA